AUGUCUGGACAGUCAGCCGCUGGCGUUGCGGCGUCCGUAGGCAGCGAAGACUCGACGCACCAGCUCCUGUCCGGUUUCCAGUUCUUCUUCUUGUGCCUGGUCGUGAUGGCGUCGUACUACAUAUCGUUACACAUCUCCGUCCAUGCGGUGGGCGAAUCGACAGCGCCGCUGAGCGCACCCAUCGCCGCAGCCUCAAGUCUCUUUUAUGAUGUUGGCAACACUAUCCUAAGGAAGAUCAACCGCCGUCGCAACCGCACGCAGGUCGGCGCCGUCUCCUACGAGGAUGAGGCCGAUGAUGCCAACGAUAUUUUUUCAGUGAAUCAGCCAGGUGCAGGUGUGCAGUAG